AAAGCAGGUGGGUGGGGGAACACAGGAGUGGCCCCAGGGAGUGGCCGUGCACACUCAGCCCUUUGGGGUCUGAUAAAGGGGCCCACUGAUGGCCUGAUUGCUCUUCCCACGGCCAUCGUCCUCCAGGGCAUCUUGGAGAAGGCCUGGCAAGCCCUUGCGAGAGGAGUCAGGGCCUGGUCCCUCGGGCUGGCCAAGACCUGGGGCGCCCACCAGUGCUCCCUCCUGUGAGCCCAUCCCAGGGCUCCCCAGUGUCCUGUCUGCCCUGAGGCUCCUUCCAUGACCUGCAGGCUCCUGCCAUGACCAGCCCCAUGGGGCCUACCAGUAUCCAGGGUCAGGUCGCACAGCUGCAUCUACCCCACAGGCUCACAUUGACUCUGGAGGCCCCUCCCAGGUCCCUCUUGCACCCGGCAGGGCUGUGGGCAGGACACAGGUUCAGGCCUUGCCCUGGGAAGCCCCAUACACAGUGGGACUCCAUGGGGUGGUGCAGGGGCACCCUGGGGGCCAGGGCUGGUUGUACACAGGGCACGCCCACCUUUGUCAGCUCACUGGUCCUCCGGCCAGCCUCUCCAGACGGGCACUGUCAUGAUGACAUUUUACAGACCGGAACACUGAGGCUCAGUGACACAAGCUCCGAGGUCACACCAUGGGAAAUCACACACAGGGCCUGGCCCCAAAUGCCACACUCCUUCCCCAGCCCCAAAGACCCUGCCCCAAGCAUGAGUCUGUUUCAUGAGAAUCCGAAGUUUCUGGGCUCCUAGGGACCCUGUAUCUGGCACCGGACAGCACCUGGCUGCUCAGGACGAAUGAAUGACGGCGUGAUCCUCCACAGCCUGACUUACAGGCAGGUUCACCGCGGCUGAGAACGCAGGGACCAGCUCUGGUGCACGUGCUGGACUCCUGCAGCUGCUGGACUGGUUGAGUCCUGACCUUGGCCAGCACCACGCUAUUGCCAGAGGCACAGUGAGAGGCCACGGCGGCCCCUGCCCGCCCCACACUGCCGAGCAGAGUCCUGGUGGGGUGCCUGGGUCCCUCCCCAUUCCAGUGGGAGCCUCCCGUUCACCAGGCAGGGCAGAGCAGGGUGGAAGAGCCUGACCUUGUGUCUGAGGGAGCCGGGCAGGUGGGAGCUGACCCUGGGUCAGAGGCCCCCUCCUGGGGCCGCUUUCACGGCUCAUGCUUGGCACCGUCAGCACUGGGUGGGGCCGGGCCGAGGGGCCCUCCACUUAACAGCAGAGUCAGCGUGCGGGGCCAGCGCAGGCUGAUAACCGCACGGAACUUCCCAGGCACCCUGUGUGGCCGCACUGCUCCCUCUGGCCCAACCAUGCCUCUGCCCAGCCACCUGCUGCCCGCCUUGGUCCUGUUCCUGGCAGGGUCCUCAGGCUGGGCCUGGGUCCCCAACCACUGCAGGAGCCCUGGCCAGGCCGUGUGCAACUUCGUGUGUGACUGCAGAGACUGCUCAGAUGAGGCCCAGUGUGGUUACCACGGGGCCUCGCCCACCCUGGGCGCCCCCUUCACCUGUGACUUCGAGCAGGACCCCUGCGGCUGGCGGGACAUUAGUACCUCAGGCUACAGCUGGCUCCGAGACAGGGCAGGGGCCGCACUGGAGGGUCCUGGGCCUCACUCAGACCACACACUGGGCACCGACUUGGGUGAGGCCAGGGCAAGUCUCUGUGCGCCCGUCCCAACACCCUCCAUGCUCCCUGCCCCGUCUCCUGACCUCUCACCUGCACCAGGCUGGUACAUGGCCGUUGGAACCCACCAAGGGAAAGAGGCAUCCACCGCAGCCCUGCGCUCGCCAACCCUGCGAGAGGCAGCCUCCUCCUGCAAGCUGAGGCUCUGGUACCACGCGGCCUCUGGAGAUGUGGCUGAACUGCGGGUGGAGCUGACCCAUGGCGCAGAGACCCUGACCCUGUGGCAGAGCACAGGGCCCUGGGGCCCUGGCUGGCAGGAGUUGGCAGUGACCACAGGCCGCAUCCGGGGUGACUUCCGAGUGACCUUCUCUGCCACCCGAAAUGCCACCCACAGGGGCGCUGUGGCUCUAGAUGACCUAGAGUUCUGGGACUGUGGUCUGCCCACCCCCCAGGCCAACUGUCCUCUGGGACACCACCACUGCCAGAACAAGGUCUGUGUGGAGCCCCAGCAGCUGUGCGACGGGGAAGACAACUGCGGGGACCUGUCUGAUGAGAACCCACUCACCUGUGGCCGCCACAUAGCCACCGACUUUGAGACAGGCCUGGGCCCAUGGAACCGCUCGGAAGGCUGGUCCCGGAACCACAGCGCUGGUGGUCCUCAGCGCCCCUCCUGGCCACGCCGUGACCACAGCCGGAACAGUGCACAGGGCUCCUUCCUGGUCUCCGUGGCCAAGCCUGGCACCCCUGCUAUACUCUCCAGCCCCGAAUUCCAAGCCUCAGGCACCUCCAACUGCUCGCUGGUCUUCUAUCAGUACCUGCGUGGGUCUGAGGCUGGUUGCCUCCAGCUGUUCCUGCAGACUCUGGGGCCCAGCGCCCCCCGGGCCCCCGUCCUGCUGCGGAGGCGCCGAGGGGAGCUGGGGACCGCCUGGGUCCGAGACCGUGUUGACAUCCAGAGCGCCCACCCCUUCCAGAUCCUCCUGGCCGGGCAGACAGGCCCGGGGGGCGUCGUGGGUCUGGACGACCUCAUCCUGUCUGACCACUGCAGACCAGUCUCGGAGGUGUCCACCCUGCAGCCGCUGCCUCCUGGGCCCUGGGCCCCAGCCCCCCAGCCCCUGCCGCCCAGCUCGCGGCUCCAGGAUUCCUGCAAGCAGGGGCAUCUUGCCUGCGGGGACCUGUGUGUGCCCCCGGAACAACUGUGUGACUUCGAGGAGCAGUGCGCAGGGGGCGAGGACGAGCAGGCCUGCGGCACCACAGACUUUGAGUCCCCCGAGGCCGGGGGCUGGGAGGACGCCAGCGUGGGGCGGCUGCAGUGGCGGCGUGUCUCAGCCCAGGAGAGCCAGGGGUCCAGUGCAGCUGCUGCUGGGCACUUCCUGUCUCUGCAGCGGGCCUGGGGGCAGCUAGGCGCUGAGGCCCGGGUCCUCACACCCCUCCUUGGCCCUUCUGGCCCCAGCUGUGAACUCUACCUGGCUUAUUAUUUACAAAGUCAGCCCCGAGGCUUCCUGGCACUAGUUGUGGUGGACAACGGCUCCCGGGAGCUCGCAUGGCAGGCCCUGAGCAGCAGUGCAGGCAUCUGGAAGGUGGACAAGGUCCUUCUAGGGGCCCGCCGCCGGCCCUUCCGGCUGGAGUUUGUCGGUUUGGUGGACUUGGAUGGCCCUGACCAGCAGGGAGCUGGGGUGGACAACGUGACCCUGAGGGACUGUAGCCCCACAGUGACCACCGAGAGAGACAGAGAGAUCUCCUGUAACUUUGAGCGGGACACAUGCAGCUGGUACCCAGGCCACCUCUCAGACACACACUGGCGCUGGGUGGAGAGCCGCGGCCCUGACCACGACCACACCACAGGCCAAGGCCACUUUGUGCUCCUGGACCCCACAGACCCCCUGGCCUGGGGCCACAGUGCCCACCUGCUCUCCAGGCCCCAGGUGCCAGCAGCGCCCACGGAGUGUCUCAGCUUCUGGUACCACCUCCAUGGGCCCCAGAUUGGGACUCUGCGCCUAGCCAUGAGACGGGAAGGGGAGGAGACACACCUGUGGUCGCGGUCAGGCACCCAGGGCAACCGCUGGCACGAGGCCUGGGCCACCCUUUCCCACCAGCCUGGCUCCCAUGCCCAGUACCAGCUGCUGUUCGAGGGCCUCCGGGACGGAUACCACGGCACCAUGGCGCUGGACGAUGUGGCCGUGCGGCCGGGCCCCUGCUGGGCCCCUAAUUACUGCUCCUUUGAGGACUCAGACUGCGGCUUCUCCCCUGGAGGCCAAGGUCUCUGGAGGCGGCAGGCCAAUGCCUCGGGCCAUGCUGCCUGGGGCCCCCCAGCAGACCAUACCACUGAGACAGCCCAAGGUAUGGGGGCCUGGCAGGGGCAGGGAUUCAGGGGCUGGCCAGGGGCUGGCAGGCUGAUGCUGGCACCUCCAGGGCACUACAUGGUGGUGGACACAAGCCCAGACGCACUGCCCCGGGGCCAGACAGCCUCCCUGACCUCCAAGGAGCACAGGCCCCUGGCCCAGCCUGCUUGUCUGACCUUCUGGUACCACGGGAGCCUCCGCAGCCCAGGCACCCUGCGGGUCUACCUGGAGGAGCGCAGGAGGCACCAGGUGCUCAGCCUCAGUGCCUACGGCGGGCUUGCCUGGCACCUGGGCAGUGUGGACGUGCAGGCCGAGCGAGCCUGGAGGGUCGUGUUUGAGGCAGUGGCCGCAGGCGUGGCACACUCCUACGUGGCUCUGGAUGAUCUGCUCCUCCAGGACGGGCCCUGCCCUCAGCCAGGUGGGAGCCCUGCCGUGGCCUCAGCCCUGCUCUGGGGCGCCUGCCUGGCCCUUUCCCUUCGUAGUGGUGCCCAGGGCUUGGGCCGUGGGGCAGCACCACUCACCCACCCAUGUCGUGCAGGUUCCUGUGAUUUUGAGUCUGGCCUGUGUGGCUGGAGCCACCUGGCCUGGCCCGGCCUGGGCGGAUACAGCUGGGACUGGGGCGGGGGAGCCACCCCCUCUCGUUACCCCCAGCCCCCUGUGGACCACACCCUGGGCACAGAGGCAGGCCACUUUGCCUUCUUUGAAACUGGCGUGCUGGGCCCCGGGGGCCGGGCCGCCUGGCUGCGCAGCGAGCCUCUGCCGGCCACCCCAGCCUCCUGCCUCCGCUUCUGGUACCACAUGGGUUUUCCUGAGCACUUCUACAAGGGGGAGCUGAAGGUGCUGCUGCACAGUGCCCAGGGCCAGCUGGCUGUGUGGGGCGCAGGCGGGCAUCGGCGGCACCAGUGGCUGGAGGCCCAGGUGGAGGUAGCCAGUGCCAAGGAGUUCCAGGUGAGGCUGGCUGUGGGCAAGGAGCCUCCUCCUCCUCCACCCAGGGCCCACACACUCCUUUCCUUCCCCAUCAGAUCGUGUUUGAAGCCACUCUGGGCGGCCAGCCAGCCCUGGGGCCCAUUGCCCUGGAUGACGUGGAGUAUCUGGCCGGGCAGUGUUGCCAGCAGCCUGCCCCCAGCCCGGGUGAGCCCUGGGCUGCAGUGGAGGCACGGAGGAGGGCCCAAGGGGCCAGCAUGGCUCGGGGUUUGCCAGGCUUACCAGUGUGUGGUCCCAGGAGCUGCGAGCAUGCUGCACCCAGACAGGACAAGAGAGCUGCCAGGCCCAGGCCCUGUGCCCUCCUCACUCUGCCCUGCUCACCCCUGGGGCCGCUGCCCGGGCUGGGCUGUCCCUGGGGUGCAGCCUCUGGGGCCUGCCCUGCCUGGCUGUGGCCUCUGUGCUCCCUGUGCCCACACCCAGGGCAAGGUCCAUCCUGGAGGAACCGCCAGCCGGGUCAGGGCAGCCACUGACUGCUCUCACUUGGUGAGGUAAAGAAUCUCGCCUGGGGCCAUGAGCCCCACCAAGUCUGCAGACAGCAGCUGCCUGUCUGCCAGGCCCCAUCCUUGUGAUAGCAGAACCAAUACUCUCUGCCUUUGAAAUAGGGGUGAACCCCCAGGAGCCAGCAGAGGCUGAGGGGACCAGGCAGCCCCAGGCUUCCUCCUUAGCCCCAGAUGUGGGGGCUGCUUUGGAGGGCUCACGUGUCCCUAUGGCCCACAGGGAACACAGCCGUACCCGGGUCUGUGCCAGCUGUGGUUGGCAGUGCCCUCCUAUUGCUCAUGCUCCUGGUGCUGCUGGGACUUGGGGGACGGCGCUGGCUGCAGAAGAGGGGGAGCUGCCCCUUCCAGAGCAACAC